AUGGUGCUGCCGCCCCCUGCCCUUCCUGAUCCGCCGCCGCUUUGUCUCGAUGGCCUCACAGUGCUCCUUUGUUUUCUUUUUCCCGUGGUAGGUUUCCAUUUAAUGAGGCAGCUGAGAGGCAUGAGUGUGGUGUUGGUGCUGCUUCCGAUGGUGCUGCUGGUGGUGCUGGCGGGGGCUCAGCGAGCCUGCCCCAAGAGCUGCAGGUGCGACGGCAAAAUCGUCUACUGCGAGUCGCACGCCUUCAGAGACAUCCCCCAGAACAUCUCUGGCGGCUCUCAGGGCUUAUCCCUGCGCUACAACAGCAUCCAGAAGCUGAAAUCCAAUCAGUUCGCAGGCCUGAACCAGCUCAUAUGGCUUUACCUUGACCACAACUACAUCAGCUCCGUGGACGAGGACGCGUUCCAGGGCAUCCGCCGGCUGAAGGAGCUGAUCCUGAGCUCCAACAAGAUCACUCAGCUGCACAACAGAACCUUCCACCCCGUGCCCAACCUCCGCAACCUGGACCUCUCUUACAACAAGCUGCAGGUGCUGCAGUCGGAGCAGUUCAGGGGCCUGCGGAAGCUGCUGAUCCUGCACCUGCGCUCCAACUCGCUCAAGUCGGUGCCCAUCCGCAUCUUCCAGGACUGCCGCAACCUGGACUUCCUGGACCUGGGCUACAACCGCCUGCGCAGCCUGUCCCGCAACGCCUUCGCCGGCCUCCUGAAGCUGACCGAGCUGCACCUGGAGCACAAUCAGUUCUCCAAGAUCAACUUUGCCCACUUCCCACGCCUCUUCAACCUGCGCUCCAUCUACCUGCAGUGGAACAGGAUCCGGUCCAUCAGCCAAGGGCUGACGUGGACCUGGAGCUCCUUGCACAACUUGGAUUUAUCAGGCAACGACAUCACCGGGAUCGAGCCUGGCACCUUCCAGUGCCUCCCCAACCUCCAAAAGCUGAACCUGGAUUCCAACAAGCUCACCAACAUCUCUCAGGAGACCAUCAACACGUGGAUCUCGCUCAUCUCCAUCACUCUGUCUGGGAAUAUGUGGGAAUGUACUCGCAGCAUCUGCCCUCUCUUCACUUGGCUUAAGAACUUCAAGGGCAGCAAGGAGAGCACCAUGAUCUGCGCCGGCCCCAAGCACAUCCAGGGCGAGAAAGUCAGUGACGCGGUGGAAACCUACAAUAUCUGUGCCGAAAUCCAGGUGGUGGUGACUGAAAGGUCCUACCAGCCACCCAAAACCCCCCAGAGACCUCUCUUCAUCCCCAGGCCUACUGUGUCCAAGCUGGAGAGCGAGCAGGUGACGUCCGCCACGCCCAGCCCCUCCGCUGCGCUGCCGACGCCGGGGCUGGAGCCGGACUACGAGCACGUCUCCUUCCACAAGAUCAUUGCGGGCAGUGUGGCUCUCUUCCUCUCCGUGGCCAUGAUUCUGUUGGUUAUCUACGUCUCCUGGAAGCGUUACCCGGCCAGCAUGAAGCAGCUGCAGCAGCACUCGCUCAUGAGGAGGCGCAGGAAAAAGGUGCGGGAGUCAGAGAGGCAAAUGAGCUCUCCCUUGCAGGAGUAUUAUGUGGACUACAAGCCAACAAACUCUGAGACCAUGGAUGUAUCAGUUAAUGGAUCUGGGCCCUGCACCUACACCAUCUCUGGCUCCAGGGAAUGCGAGGUUCCUCACCACAUGAAGACUUUACCCUACUACAGCUACGACCAGCCAGUGAUUGGGUACUGCCAGGCUCACAAACCUCUCCAUGUCAACAAGGGAUACGACUCCAUGUCCCGGGAGCAGGCUGAGACAACCAACCUGGAGCUCAGCCGGGACCACAGCUUCAUCGCCACCAUCGCGCGCUCGGCCGCCCCGGCCAUCUACAUCGAGAGGAUACCAAACUGA